AUGUCUGGACCGAAGAGUCCUGACUGGCCAUGGCCUCCGCCUCUGCACACCGAGUUCGCAUCCGCUGCGAGCCUUCACGUGCAGGAGGUCACGACCCUUCAGCAGGAGCUCAGCUUCCUUGGCGAACUGUUGACCGAGCGACGGUGCUACAUCCGACAGGAGCAAGGAGCUUCCCAGACUGAACCAUCCUCUCUGAGACGAAGGGCGACGAGCGGGGCACGAGCGGCGGGGCAGGAGGCUGAUCAGUUCGUCUUGGAUCCACGCUUUCUCCUCUUUGAGUUCAUGCAGCACAUCGUCUUGCGCCCGCGCCAAGUGGAGAUGGUCGAUUGGUUUAUGCAGAGCUACAAAGAGGGCGAGUCAAGAGUUCAGCAGAUGAUCAUGGGUGCUGGCAAGACCACAGUGGUGGGCCCCUUACUGUCGACCAUGCUCAGUCAGCCAGAUGUCUUGGUGACGCAGGUCAUGCCUAGUCCCCUGUUGGAUCAAAGCCGGCAGAUUCUGCGGGCGUCCUUCUCCAAGCUCAUGCCCAAGCGCAUCGUGACCUUUCAGUUCGACCGGCAGGUGGACGAUUGCCCUGAGACCAUCAUGAAGAUCUACACAAAGCUUGAGGCUUGCCGUAGAGCUUGUGGCAUUGUGGUGAGUUCGCCCGAGUCGAUCAAGUCGAUGCUCCUGAAAUUCAUCGAACAGCUUCAUGCCUUGGCCAGCUAUGACUUCUCCACGCUGGCACCAGGCGCCUCGGUGCGCUCGGACCGCGAACUGGCACGGCAGCGGGACACCUUGGAGCGCCGCAGCGGCAUGGCGGAUGCCGUAGUACGGCUCAUCCAGCUCUGGAAGAUGCCCGGCAGGGUCAUCAUGGACGAGGUGGAUGUGUUGCUUCAUCCGCUGAAGAGCGAGUUGAACUUCCCCAUCGGCUUUCGUGAUCCGAUCGACUUGUCGGGCCACCGGUGGAACUUGCCGAUCCACCUCGUGGAAGGCAUCCUCUUUGCCGCGCAUGAGCAUCCGCUCGAGAGUUCUUUGCAGGGCUCCAUUGCGCAGGAGAUGGCAGCUGCUGGGAGCCUCAGAUGGAUGCUCUCAGCGGUCUGCUGA